AUGCAGGGAUUUUUCCACAUGUUUGGAAUUGGUUAUUCACUCCAGAUGGCCAUUAAAUUAUUGCCUUCACUAUUUCACAAUAUAUUACAACCAAAAGUCAUGCUAAAAUUUGUUGUACAUACAGAUAAUUUCAGCUUUGGUGCUUUUCUGGCUUUUUUCUGUGCUGUUUUUAGAAGUAUCAAUUGUGCAUUACGAUGGAUAAGGAAGAAGGACAGUGGAUUCAAUGGAUUAAUUGCUGGGUUUGUAGCUGGAUGGUCAAUGUUAUGGUACAAGAGCACAACCCUAGCUCUUUAUCUUACCUCCAAACUUGCUGAGGUUCUUUACUUCAAAGGAAUUGAAAAGAAGAUUUUUCCACACAUACCAAGUGCAGAUGUAGUUAUAUACAUACUGUCAACUGCCCUCCUCUUUCAUGCUGCAAUGUUUGAACCUCAAUCACUUCGACCUGCUUACUGGAAAUUCUUGCUCCGAAUCACUGGCAAUAAGUUUGAAACAAUCAACCGCCAACUUCUGGACAUUUUCCAGACAAAGGCUUCAUUACUGGAUCCUGAAUUUUGGCCAAACUACAAUUCAGCAUUUUCCAACUUGGUCUAA